CUCUGAAUGGUCUUUUGUGUUCCUAUUUCCAUCUUGUUCACUGCGGAUGUCUUCUUUUUCAAUGAUCCUAUCCUACCAAUCCCAUCAAUGUUAUCUCUUCUUUCAUUCUUCUUCAUUCUUCUUUUCUUUCCUUGCUCUUCUCUCUUCCGUUCCCUCCAUAUUCCUUACACUCUAGACAACCAAAUAUUCAUUCUCUUCCAAACGCUUUGAAUCACUUAUCCAUUUCAUCCCUCAAUCCUUCUGCCAUCGACUCCUUUAACUGCACCUGCAACAUCGUCUUCCAUUUACUUGCUCUGUUCGACUUACAUUUGCACACACUCUCUCAUACUUUGGUCAAUUUCAAUUUCAAUUUCAAUUUCAAUUUCCCAUUCAUCCCAUUCAUCACACCUUCACAGCAGAGCUUCCAAAGCCGCUUCCAAACUUCAACUCUCUCUUGUUUUUUUUCUGCCUGUUGACUAUGGCUGAUUCCGCACCUCCGACUCUUGGCAUUGCCCUUCCCCCAACAUCAAUGCUCAAGAUCAGAGAUGCUUGUCUUCCUUGUCGCAAGCAACGGUCCAAAUGUGAUGGCCAACCCUGUUGCGCAAGAUGUGCUCGCCUCGAUCUUGAAUGCACUUAUGUUGAGCUUGUCAAGGCUCCUGCCCCGAUCCCAAAGGAACCUUGGCAAGAGUUUCUCAACACCACUGGUGCAAAACCCGAAGCAUUGGAGAGCGCGCCUAUUGAACUGCUCAAAGACCAAUCUAUAGGACCCCUACAGGAUGCAUCAACUUUUCCGUGGCAAAAGUCAAAAAUGAGUAGACGCAGGAGGCAAACACCAUCCAUCAAAAAAUGUACAUGUCCAACGCCCCCAACAACGGUCGAUACUGCUGGUCAGGACUCGUUCGAUUCACAGGCAAUAUCUACUUCCACACAAUCUCAGGCACAUGAUGGUGCGCCUUCAGACCCUGCAACAGAAUCACCUUCCACCACAUCUUCACCCGGAUCAAAGAGGAGGGGACGAUCGACCACAGGUCCUUGCCGUGUACACAAUCCUCAGACCUCUUCAAAACCCUCUAGAUCUGUUACACAAGGUGUAUCCUCAUCUGCUACUUCUAGCAGUCCGGGUAGCCAGGGUGUUGUAGGAAGUUCUGCAAGUCUUCGUCAUCGACCUCCUCUGUCAAAUGAACCUGUACAGCUUCCUACAUCUGUCAUUGAGACGUCUGAGAAAAUCAACAAUCUGAGCUCAAAGCUCACCCGUCUCUUCGUCUUUGCAGAUGCAGAUCAAGCCCAGGUACCACCACCGCCUCAGCUUGAGAUCCUGCAAUCGCGUUCACUUUCUCCUCUCCUGCAAUCUCACCUUAUUCAACUCUAUCUCGCAGAAUGUUUGCCUACACAACCAAUUCUUGAUGCACCGACGUUUAUGGCUCAACUCGCAGAGCAGGAAUUUUGCACGCCUCCACAUCCGCUCUUAAUCGCGGCCAUGUGUGCGGCUGCAGCAAAAUGUGUUGACGAUGCAGAUGUGGAACGACUUUGGGCUGAACAGGAUCCACCGUUACCGAACCCCUUUAAUCCGUUUUUUGCAAAUGGGGAACCACAUGUUCGGUCAACACGAGAUAUGAUUUGGUCCAUUGGAGAUUAUUUUGCAGCACUGGCAAAGGCAUAUCUCAGGACCGAGCUCCCCUUUGUACAAUCGCCAGAUCGCUCAGGAGGUAUGGGGGACCCAUUAACAGUAGUUCAAGGAUUGAUCAUGAUUUCCUCUUGGGAUGCUUCUGUAGGUCGUCAGCGCGAAUGUAGAGCCUGUGCUGCUCUAGCUCUUCGAAUUAUGAUUGCAGGAGGAUGGCAUUUGAUGGAUCAUCCUAAUGGCGAUGGGUGUACGGACAGCAGGAUCAAAAUGUGGGGAACCUUGGAACGCGAGCUGGCUCGCCGUUGCUGGUGGACUGUAUGGAUUGCUGAGAAGUGGACGGCCGCCAUUUUGACUCAAUAUGUGACUCUUCACCUUUCACUUUGUGAGACGCUAUCGCUUCCACGAGCAUUUCGCCCAGGCGAUGUGAACGACCAAAGAGGAGUGCUCUACUUUCAACAAGCAAUUCAAGGAGCGUAUUUGUGUGGAGCCAUCAUUCAGCUACAUUACCAUCCAUUUGAGGCUGAGGAUGGUACAGAAUACGAUCACGAAGCCAGUGCUCAAGACGUGCAACGACUGGAAGCACGUCUAUUAGAGAUCGAUAACCAUUUGGAAGCAUGGCACAAUGCCAUUCCUCCUGUUUUGAAACCAGAUUGGGGUCAAGGUAUUGGAGACGAUCCGGAUAACACGACUGGAUAUGAGCCAGUAACUGGCUCGCAAUUUUUCCAUGCAGGGGGAGAUUGGUGGUGGCGACAUGCAAUGGGCGGAUUGCUCGAGAUGAGCUACCUUGGGCUCAAGCUUUUACUUCAUCAACCACAGCACGUAGUGUCCAAGGCACCUUCACCGCUUUCUCGAUUAGCGUUAGCCCAGUAUGCAAACAAAAUCACAUUAACAUGUGAACGUAUGUGGCAAUACCCAACGACUCGGCCAGCGUUCUACCACAUGGCGGGGAUUGUCCUCUGGCUAGCGCUCUGCUAUCAACAGGAAAACACUUUGAGUGACAAUCCGCGCAUUCGCACACCAGCCUGUGUCAACAUGCAGAAAAGUUACUAUCUAGUUAAAAAAGCUGGUCGACUCGUCCAUUCGAACGAAGAUGAGCCAUUGACAGAACUUGAAACUACGAAUGGACCUUCUGCUUCUCCCUCUGCAUCUCCUUCUAAUGUUCCAUUUAUGCGUCCGACUGAUGAGCAGCGCGUCAAACCAAUGAUGGCGGUUUUCAAAGAGAUGUUUCCUAUCAUGCGUCAGGCUUUACGCGACAAGGGCUUCGGUCUACGCACGCAGCCUAAAGCUACAUCCAAGGUCUCGCCAUUCGUUUUGAUUCAGAAUCCAAGUAGCCCCUCAACUAUUGAUAAUGCCCCUGGGGUUGACUCUCUUGGCUCCGCCUCCACUGUCUCGUCGAUUUCAGUCAGUGCAGCAUCAGUGAUGGGUGCUACUACGGGGUCAGGACCUUCAAGUUUUUACUUGGCGCCUCUGACUCCUCCUGGCACGUCAACGUGUACAAACUCCCCUAUGACGGAAUCACUAGGAUCGGUUCCGUCGCCUUCACCUCCACCAUCAUCGCUUGUUUCUGAUGUUGCCCCAAUACCUACGCCCGACUCAGGUCAAAUGUAUGUAGGGGCUAUAGAUUCCAACUUGCAACAGGUCCAACAGCCUCAUCAAUAUCCACAGCAUGCACAAGUUGCAUUAUUCCCUAGCCAUACGUCUCCUUCUUCGUUGGCUCAACUUCAAUUCACUAAUAACAACCAGGUUCGGGUCCCACAGCAGCAGCAAAUGUACCCAUCAUUACAUCAAGAACAUCAAGCCUUCCAUGCGCAACACCACCACCAACAGCAACAACGGUCAUUGCAGAGCCAGCAAUCACAACACCUCCACCCAUUUCAUCUGGCUCAGGGCUUGUCGCAACCAUCUACGCCUGUGGCGCUUCAACAACCCUUGCAGCACGCAUCAACAACGAGCUUGACAGAUCCAUUGAACGCAAUACUAAACAUGAAUUCAGAUCCAUUCAGCUCCAUUAUGCAGAACGAGCCUAAUGUGCUGUCAUCACUGAUAGACUACUCCGAAUGGCUUAACCAUUCCUUGGAAUAAAAUAAAAUAAAUUUAUUGC